GAUACAAUCUCACAGAAGUCAGUAGAUAUUCAUGAUUCCAUUCAGCCUAGAUCUUCCGAUGGACGCCCAUAUCAGCCCAGCACAGGGGCCACAGUAGGUGAAGAAACGAGUAAAACCAGGCCGACAGCAAAAUUUCCAGAACAGAAGUUAUUUGCUGCUCUUUUGAUCAAGUGUGUUGUACAGCUGGAACUCAUUCAGACUAUCGACAACAUUGUGUUCUUCCCAGCAACUAGCAAAAAAGAGGAUGCAGAGAAUCUAGCAGCAGCACAAAGAGAUGCUGUAGACUUUGAUGUCCAUGUGGAUACACAAGAUCAAGGGAUGUAUCGUUUUCUAACAUCACAGCAGCUUUUCAAACUUCUGGAUUGCCUGUUGGAAUCUCACAGAUUUGCUAAAGCAUUUAAUUCCAACAAUGAGCAAAGAACUGCUCUCUGGAAAGCAGGUUUCAAAGGCAAAUCAAAGCCUAAUCUCCUGAAGCAGGAGACGAGUAGCCUUGCCUGCGGGCUGCGCAUUCUGUUCCGCAUGUACAUGGACGAAAGCCGAACCAGCGCGUGGGAGGAAGUCCAGCAAAGACUACUGAAUGUCUGCAGUGAGGCUCUGAGUUACUUCCUCACUCUUACAUCAGAAAGUCAUCGGGAAGCCUGGACUAAUCUCUUGCUCUUGUUUUUGACUAAAGUCCUGAAGAUAAGUGAUGAAAGGUUCAAGGCCCAUGCCUCAUUCUACUAUCCUCUGUUGUGUGAAAUCAUGCAGUUUGACCUUAUUCCUGAGCUUCGAGCUGUUCUACGAAGGUUUUUCCUGAGGAUUGGUGUGGUGUUCCAAAUAUCCCAACCACCAGAACAAGAGUCUGGAAUAAGCAAGCAGUAAGCAGACAGUGACUCUCUGUUUAAAAGUUUAUAUUCCUCAGCUAAAUAAAAGGACCAGGUAGCUGAGCCAUUCUGUCUGGAUAUCCAUAAAAAUGAUUUCUUUGUAUGGCAACAUGUAUCCAAGGGUGAACGGUACAGACGCUUACAACUGUAAUUAAGGCUUGCAACACUCCAGUCCCUUUGUUUCCUGACGGAUUCUCUCUCGGUUUCUCUUCCCUGGCUUGUGCUGAGCACAGAGCCACUUUUUAGCACAGUCCCCUCGUCAGCACGGGCUGCAGUAUCCUUUACUGUCCUAGACAGCAGCAUAGCAACAGAUGUUUGUGGCGGGUGUGAAAGGAAAAUGUACCCAAAGAAACAUAUGUAUGUAAAGGUUUGAGCUUCUGUGAGAAGUACAACUCAGGAGAGCUGUAUUUUGAAGGAUAAAAUGUUUAUAGUGAAAAGAAAAUGGAGAUUAUUGUUCAUGGUAAAAAGAUAUUUAGCAACUAUGUCUGAUAUUCUUAUUCUAAGAUUUUGCACACUCAGGCUGUCUGAGACUUGGUAAUCAUCCUUCUGUGAAAAUGUACAGAGAUGCAGGUCUGUAAUAUAAACUCUUUAACACUAUACAGUUCUUCCCAAAUUGUUUUAUUUC